UCAAUUUCUUCAUUCGUUCGCCGCUCCUCUCCAAUCACCAUGUGGAGGAUACCGACCAGCGUCACGAGUCCGCGAGUCCUGGUAAAGCUGGAACAACAUUCCCGUUUGCUAAACAAACCAUUCCAGCUAACCGUGCGUUCGAAUCGUCACAAAGCUGGACCAACUACAUGGGUACCGCAAGCCUACCGUGGUGCCAAAAAGCCCGAGGCCGACGGCAAUUUCAAGCGACGGCACAACAACAACAAUCAUUCGCAGAAUGGCAACGGCGACAGAACUAAUGGAAGGUCGACGUCUAUAAUUAGAGAUCGCAGAGAUUCCAUCUGGAAAAAGAGACGACAAACCAGUUCGCGAGGGAACCGUUUCGUGAAGCAACUUGAUUUACGACUGACCGGACUCCACAAGGAUUUUUUACGCCUGGCGACGCAGUAUAGACAGAUAUUUUCCUCCGAAACAGUAGCGGUGGAGGCGCCGAACCUGGACACCGGAAAAUCGUCCGACGACGACCAACAAAAUCAAAAGAAGAAAAAAGUACUCCGUACGAUCACAACUCAAAUUCACAUGCUCCUGAGCGAUAUCCAUCAAGCAGAUGGACCCGUCGUUUGGCAGCACAUCGAAGACACGGAAGACCUGUUCCGUGGAGUAUGCCGCAUACUGCAAGACAUGACGAAAGUGUCGGCGCAGCUUUGUGAGCAUGCUGAAAACAAUGAUAUUCAGGAAUACAUUGACGUCGCCGAGCGUUGCCUGCGUGAUCUCAUUAUGCUCGGAUCGGAUAGGUCUCUGCUCGUAGAAUCGAGCAAAAACUGGGAAGCGAAUGCCACUACUAGCUAUCCAAAACCCUCUAGUCUGAUCAAAAGCCCAAUUUCGGGUUCCGCAAUGAAGACCUGGGUGUCAUCCUUGCUGGGCGGAUUUCCCUCGCGCGACCAGCCUACGAGCACAAUGCAUCACCCGUCGACGAAUCGCCAACUGACGCAUCAGGACCCGGCUCUCGGAAUUACGCCAGAACUCUUUCGGGGCGUUAUGCACAGUAUCCAAUCAAGCGCAAGACGGAGCGCUGAACACACAGAUGACGACAGUCGAAAGAGUGAUUACGGUCGAGAUCCAUACCAAAAGGCGUCGCAGCGCAUGAUCCAGCUUUUGGAUGCAACACCCUCCGAUUUUGUUCCCAGUGUGGAGGCAGCUCAGAUUAUUUUGGAUACGCUGAGCCGAGUAGGAACUGUUGAAAGCGCUCGAGAAUCUUACAACAUUUUCGGAAAGCAUCCGGACAAUAAGCAUCGUUUACGUUUUUCGUUAGUCCUCGAUGCGUACUUGGAAGCGGUCAAGCAGGAAUCGGAUCCCGAGGCCAAGAACAAUUUAGUCAAAGAGGUCGAUCAAGUGCUUCGGGAACAAUGGAAUGUGUAUUACCCGAAACACGAUGUGGAACGCAUUGCACACUGUGCAAUUGUUCUCAAUUGUCUAGUUCUUGGAGGCUCACUCGAUUCCCAAGCUGUUCAGCAGCAGAUUGACGAUUUAGUAGAGUUGACGCUAGGGAGCAAAGAGUACGCAAAGCUGCAAGCUUUUGUCGAAUCGAAUGAGGGCAUACCGGAUGCUCAGAUGCUCCCUGUAUUAAACUUUAUGACGCAAGUGCGUGCAUCUACCGCGGCAAAGAAAGAUUUAGAGAUUUGCAAACGACUGCUCAACUUCAUGUUGGAAAACCACUCGGAUACAGUCAACCGGUUUUACCUCUACCCGAAUGUUCAUACUUUCGACGCCGUCCUGAGAGGGCUCGCAACGUACUACCAGGCAUUACCUAAAAAAAUUGCCGACAAUGACGCUCGCGAAGCUGAUUUGAAGUACGCGACUGACCUUCUUACCCACAUGUUUCGCCAGGAAGAAGAAAGGUGUUGGCCUAGUGUCGAUAGUUUUGAUUCUGCAUUUACUUUGCUGCGUGCUAUUAAUCCAGAAGAUGUUGGAGAAAGGGGCGAAGCCAUUUUGGACAUGCUGGAAAUUCGUAGCACUUUCUCCGUAUCCAAAGACGUGCGUGCUGCGUUAAAGCAUUAUCAUAGUGCAAUAAGUUGCUGGUGGCAGGCAACCCAGGCAUCCUCCGUUCCUCGUGGAGCCUGCGAGAGGGCGCUCGCUCUCCUCCGCCGAAUGGAAAUGCAAAGCAAACCUCUCUUGUUGAGCGAUCGCGAGUUUCGCCUUAUUUCAAUGCCGAAGUUGUACAAUCGAGAGCUACGGCCGACUCGUAACACGUACAGUCUUAUUCUCCGUAUCUGUUCCGAUACGUCCCAUCCCUCGGAAUACCAAUUGGCAGUCGAAGUUGCUAUGGAAGUUUAUCGUCGUAUGAUCCGGGACAAUGUUGUACCGGACACAGCCGACUUGGCGAUGAAAUGCUGUGCCAAGCUUCCGGAGGAUUCGGAAAAGCGCACGAAGAUGGAAGCGCUAGUACGGUCGACGCUAUCUCCUUCCGAGAUUGAGUAUCUCGAUCAAGUGGCAGCUACAUGA